GCAGAAUAGUCACGUGGUGGUUGAGCCGGGGAAAUGGCGGCUCCAGGAGAGAGCGGGGCUUCGGGCGGUGGAGGCAGCACGGAGGAAGCAUUUAUGACCUUCUAUAGUGAGGUAAAACAAAUAGAGAAGAGAGAUUCAGUUCUAACAUCCAAAAAUCAGAUUGAAAGAUUGACCCGUCCUGGUUCUUCCUACUUCAAUUUGAACCCCUUUGAGGUUCUUCAGAUAGAUCCUGAAGUGACAGAUGAAGAAAUAAAAAAGAGGUUUCGGCAGUUAUCCAUAUUGGUGCAUCCUGACAAAAAUCAAGAUGAUGCUGACAGAGCACAAAAGGCUUUUGAAGCUGUGGACAAAGCUUACAAGUUGCUACUGGAUCAGGAACAAAAGAAGAGGGCCCUGGAUGUAAUUCAGGCAGGAAAAGAAUACGUGGAACACACUGUGAAAGAGCGAAAAAAGCAAUUAAAGAAGGAAGGAAAACCUACAAAUGUGGAGGAGGAUGAUCCUGAGCUGUUCAAACAAGCAGUAUAUAAACAGACCAUGAAAUUGUUUGCUGAGCUGGAAAUUAAAAGGAAAGAGAGAGAAGCCAAAGAAAUGCAUGAAAGGAAGCGACAAAGGGAAGAAGAGAUUGAAGCUCAAGAGAAAGCUAAGCGAGAAAGGGAGUGGCAGAAAAACUUUGAGGAAAGUCGAGAUGGUCGUGUAGACAGCUGGAGAAACUUCCAAGCCAAUACAAAGGGGAAGAAAGAGAAGAAAAAUCGGACCUUCCUGAGACCACCGAAAGUAAAAAUGGAGCAGCGUGAGUGACCACAGCCACUGGACUUCUCCCCGAUUGUCUUCCCUCCUGCUUUGAAGGACUCAUUCUUUCCUCCCAUUUCCUCCCCAACAUAGACUAGUAUUUGCUUUUUAGUUACUUUUGUUUUCGAAUACAAUUUAAUAUCGAUCAGAGAAAUUCUUUUGUACAUUGAAAUGAGGGCUUGGUUUAAAAAGAAACCUCCCCUCUCCCCGCCCCAGACCGACCAGGAUUGGAAGGUGACACCGUGGGUGCACCGUCUCUUCCCCACAGCCUGUAACUCAGUGUUUUGUACUUCACGGAAUUGUGACAGUUAGACACUUUGCGUAUAGUUUGUGGAAACCAUCCUAUGAAACACGCUGCUUACCGUGGUGUAGCCGCGACUUCAGAGACAAGCUGGGCUGCCUUCGGGCAUCCCUUUGCUUCAGUCGCUUGCUCCUGGGUGUGGCUUCCUUCGAAACUCCGGAUCAGUCAUGGAAGGCAGUGGGCUCACGCGGCAGGCCCUUGCCCUGGUCGCCCGUGGUGUUUGGCAUGUGCUCUCCUGUCUGACUGGCCAGUCCACACGGCAUGAGGCCCCAGCCACCCAACCCUGUCCACUUUCCAAAGAGCUAGCUGUCCUUCAUCAAAUAGUAUUGUGUCCUCCCUAGCCUGUCUGCAUUUGUUAGUGGUAAUACUCUGUAUGUGUAAUAAAAUUUUUAUAC